AUGCUGGCGCCCUUCGCUCUGCCCUUGUUUGUCCUCCUGGGGCCGGCACUUGCGUCAUUUCGAGAGGACUGUCUCGCUCUCACGCCCCAGUCGACGGUGGCCAACUCGACCGGCCGAGAGCUAGCGUUCGUCACGUCCGGCACCGACCUUGCUUUUCCAGAGCAGGAUGCUGCCUGCAAUCGGGCAAGCCAGGUUGUCAGGGCGGACCUCUGCCGGGUUGCCAUGAACCUGACAACCUCGGCCAGGUCCGAGGUGGUGACGGAGGUGUGGCUACCGGAGAAGUGGAACGGCCGUCUGGUGACUGUUGCCGGAGGGGGGCUCGAUGGCUGUGUUCACUACGAGGAUAUGGCGUACGCCACCGCUCAUGGGUUCGCAGCCGUUGGUACGAACAACGGACACGCGGGGACGACUGGAAUCCAGUUCCUGAACAACGAAGACGUGGUGAUUGACUUUUCCUGGAGAGCACUACACGUGGGAGUCGUUGCAGGCAAGCAGCUUCUGCAGUCCAUGUACAAGCGACCGGCGACAGGCUCGUACUUCUUGGGCUGCUCACUCGGCGGGCGCCAGGGCAUCAAGGCCGCAGACAUGUUCCCCGAAGACUUUGACGGCGUCGUCGCCGGCGCCCCCGCCAUCGACUUCAAUAACCUCUACUCCCACAGGGCCGGCUACCUGCCGCAGACCGGUGCCGCGGACUCAAAGGACUUCAUCGCCCCGGCGGUCUGGAAGACGACGAUCCACAGCGAGGUCCUCCGGCAAUGUGAAGCCAUCGACGGCGCGGAAGACGGCAUCAUCGAGGAUCCGGCCUUGUGCAACUUCGAUCCGGGAGCUCUGCUGUGCCGCAACAACGCCACCGCCGACGGCACCGGCUGCCUUUCGAGCAAACAGGUCGAAAUCGUGAGAGGGAUCUUCGCCCCGACAAAGGACGCCCAGGGGAACGUGUUCUGGCCGGGCAUGAACCCCGGCAGCGAGAUCAACACCGCAGACGGGCUGUACAGCGGGAAGCCCUGGGCGAACUCGCAGAACUGGUUCCGCUAUGCCGUGUACAACGACCCGGGGUGGGAUGUCUCCGGCUACAAGCUCGAGAAGGACGGCGUCUUCGCCGAGCAGAAGAACCCCGGCGACAUCAGGACGCACCCGAGCGACCUCUCGGCCUUCAAGAACAGGGGCGGCAAGCUCCUCAUGUACCACGGCCAGCAGGACCACCAGAUCACGAGCUUCCGCACCCCCAUGUUCUACGACCACCUGUCCCGGGGCAUGGGCCUGGGCACGGCCGAGAUGGACCAGUUCGCCCGCUUCUUCCGCAUAUCGGGGCUGGCUCACUGCACGACGGGGCCCGGGGCCUGGCUCAUCGGCCAGGGGGGCGCCGGGGGCAACGCCGCGGCCAUCGCCGACAGCCUGCCCUUCCACGGGACGCACAACGUCCUCGCUGCCAUCGUGGACUGGGUCGAGGGCGGCGUCGCCCCUGACACCAUAACGGGGACCAAGUUCGUCAACGACACCGUCGCCCUGGGCGUGGAUUUCCAGCGCCGGCACUGCAGGUACCCGCGGCGGAACGUCUUCAAGGGGGAUGGCUUCGACCCCAAGAACGCCGACAGUUGGAAAUGCACAUGCAGUUAG